GCCCACCGAUGACGUCACGGAGCAGCCUUCCCGAGAGCCCUAGCGCGACGGCCGUUCGCGGGCUCUCCCUGGGCGUAGCCUCGGGCGCAUCAUGGAGGCCGCCACGGCUCCGGCUCCCGACUCCGAGCAGGCCUGGCUUGAGGCUGCCCAGACCUUCAUCCAAGAGACGCUGUGUCCAGCUGGCACGGAGCCCGAUGUCCAGUUGACUCAGUUGGUAAUUGACUGUGUGAAGACCAUCUGGUUGUCCCAGGGAAAGAACCAGGGUUUUCCCCUGCCCCUCAGCUACAGCUUUGUCUCAGUACAGGACCUCAAGACCCACCAAAACCUCCCAUGCUGCAGCCACGUGUCCUGGAGCAGUAAUGCAUACCAGGCUUGGGCCCAAGAGGCUGGACCAAGUGGGACUCCCCUACCCCGGGAGCGGCUGUUACUCUUAGGGACACUAACAGACCUGUCAGGGGACUUGGAACAAGAGUGCAGGAAAGGAGACCUCUAUGUGAAAGAUAACACUGGUGUCCUGGGCUGUGAGCUCAUAGAUCUGGACCUUUCUUGGUUGGGCCAUCUCUUUCUGUUCCCCAGUUGGAGCUACCUCCCUCCUCCCAGGUGGAGUUCUUCAGGGGAAGGACACUUGGAGCUCUUGAGUGCUCCGGUGCCAGUGCUCCCCCUGACCAGCAGUCCGAGCUCCCUCAGCCCUCUCUCUGUUCUCUAUCCAGAGACCGCUUCCCGCCUGCUCAGGCACAGAGGCAAGCUCAGAGGCGUGCAGCCAAACCUGGCUGGGAAGCUGGUUCGCGUGAGCGCUCUGGUGAGGAGUCAGAAGAAAGCUCACUUUGUCCUGUCUCUUGGUGGAUCCUCGCCUGCUGGCAGCCUCGUGUCCGUCGUCGUGCAGAUCCCUGCCCAGCUGGUGUGGCACCGAGCCCUCUGGCCUGGUAGGUCCUAUGUGCUGACAGCCUUGCGAGUGGUCAGGAUCCGUGGCCACUGUUACCGCGUUUGGACGACCAGUCCCUCCUCCCAUCUGCUGCCCCUGAGACCGGAGUGUGUGCGGGAGCUGGAGCUGGAGCUGGAUGGACCCCUCUUGGAGGCUGACCCCCCGCCACUCCCCGCGCCCAGCAGCUCCCAGGACGGGGACAGGGAAGCAGCUCCUGUCCGGAACUCUACGCUCUUGUCAUACACGGGAAAGGUCACUGGCGUGCUGAGUCAGCCGGCCGGCCUCUACGAGGUGGACGGGCAGCUGGCGCUCUGCCUCGCCUAUCAGCAGUUCCACAGCCUCAGGAAGGUGGUGCGGCCGGGAGUCUCCCUGGAGCUCCAGGACGUUCACCUGCUGCAGUCCGUGGGCGGAGGGACGAGAAGGCCAGUGCUGGCCCCCUGCCUCCACGGCGCCAUCCUGCUCCGGGGCUUCUCUUGCCAGAAGCCCGAGACUCAGUCGUUCCACCAGGCCCAGGGGGCCUCCCUAUAUGAGCAGCUGGUGUGGGAACGUCAGCUAGGACUUCCCCUGUACCUGUGGGCCACCAAGGCACUGGAGGAGCUGGCCUGCAAGCUCUGUCCCCACGUGCUGAGACACCACCAGCUCCUGCAGCACUCCUGUCCUGGGAACCCCAGCCCGGGGCUGCAGCUUCUGGCCCCCAUCCUGGACGUUCUAGCUCCGCCCGGCAGCAGCCGUCGCAAUGCCCACAAGGAGAUCCUCGAAGAUCCACAUCACUGUCCCCUACAGAAGUACACGCGGCUGCAGACCCCUUGCUCUUUCCCUACUCUGGCCACCCUGAAAGACCAAGGCCGGUGCAGAGCCUGGGCCGCCUUUGACGCUAAGACCCUCCUGCCCCUCCCGGAGGCCUCUCAUCUGACCAGCGGCCAGCUCAACCAGCGUCUGUCGUGGUCCUGGCUCUCUCUGCUGCCCUCCACCUUCCACCCGCCCCAGAUUUUAAUUGGGCUUCUGGCGGCUUCAUCUCACAAAGGCUGCCUGCAGCUUCGGGACAGAAGCGGUUCCCUCCCCUGCCUAAUCCUGGCCAAGCACUCUCAGCCCAUCAGCGACUCCCGGCUCAUAGGCUGCUUGGUGCGGACAGAGAAGUUCCAGUUGAUCAUAGAGAGGAACGUCAGGAGCACCUUCCCUUCUUGUAAGGAGCUGAGCAUGGCGGGCUUCAUCCAGAAGCAGCAGGCCAGGGUCUAUAUCCAGUUCUUCCUGGCUGACGCCCUGAUCCUGCCUGUGCCGAGACCCUUGCUUCUCUCAGCCGCCUCCCUCGCACCUUCUCAGACAGAGCCCGCCCUGCCAGAGGGCCCUCCCACAGAACAGAGCCGACUGUUCUUGCUGUCCCACAAGGAGGCACUGAUGAAGAGGAACUUCGGUGUCCCCCCAGGAGCUAGUCCAGAGGUGCCCAAGCCCAUUCUCAGCUUCUACGUAUCAGGGCGCUGGCUUGGGGGCACCCAGAGGAAGGAGGGGACUGCAUGGGGCCCACCUGAGCCCGAGGGAGAUGAGAGCAAGGAUCGGAAGGUUCUCUUAGUCUUCCGUGGCUCCUCCAUCCGCUGGUUCGAGUUCUUGCACCCGGGUCGAGUGUACCGACUGGUGGCCCCUGGCCCUCCCACGCCACUGUUGUUCGCGGAGGGUGGGCCGUCCUGCGUCCCGCAGCGUCCUCUGGAGCUGGCCGGCUGCACGUCCUGCCUCACUGUGCGGGACGAGUGGACCGUGGAACUUGAGAGCAGCCGGGACCUCCCCGCCGCGCCUGACGCCAACAAGGCCCUGCCCGAGACCUCGCUGGCCGACCUGCUCAGUGGCGACCACACCAAUUCCCUGGUGUCCUUCUCAGCUGAGGUUUUGUCACGCACACUGUGUGAACCGUUUCCGGCCCCUUUCUGGACAAAGCCUGGCACCGCUCGGACCUCGAGAGGGUGCGUGAAGCUGACCGUAGCUGUGCGGGUUGCCGACUGUCAGUUCCCCCCUCACCUGGACAUCUACAUCAAAGACCCACACUUGCCUCCCCCGCUGGGACUCCUUCCAGGAGCCCGAGUCUACUUUGGCCAGCUGGAGAAAAAGAUUUCCAGAUCCCAUAAUGUUUACUGUUGCUUCCGGCCAUCCACUUACCUGCAGGUCCUGAGCUUCCCCCCGGAGACCAGCAUCAGUGCUCCCCUGCCCCGCAUCUUCCUGGCUGAACUACUGCAGGGGAGCCGGGCCCCGUUCCAGGCCACCGCCUCUUGCCAUAUCGUUUCUGUCUUCAGCCUUCAGCUCCUGUGGGUUUGUGCUCACUGUACCAGCCUCUGCCCCCAGGGAAGGUGUGCUCGUCAGGGCUCGACCUGCCCCACACAGACGUCCAUAAUCCAGGCCAGCGUCAGGCUCCUGGUGGAGGACGGCACUGCCGAGGCUUUGGUCACCUGUAAGAAUCAUCACGUGGCAACGGCUCUAGGGCUCUGUCCCAGUGAGUGGACGUCCCUCCUGGAGUGUGUCCGUGGGCCGGGGAAGGUGGCCUUGCAAUUUACAGGUCCCGGAGCCCGGGUGGAGUCUUCAGCCAAGAUUGAUGAGCCUUUGGUCCUCUUUCUCCGGACGCUUUGUACCAGCUUUUCUGUCCUCCGUCCUGUUGUGCUUUCCUUUGAGCUUGAGAGGAAAUCCUCCAUGGUCACCGUGUUGGAACCUCCUCGGCUACAGCGGUUCCAGUGUGGGGAGCUGACUCUCCUGACUCGUGUGAAUCCCAGGAUCCAGCUGUCCUGCCUCUCCAUCCAGGAGCCCAAGCACCCCAGCUCCCUGGGAGCCUUUUCCUUGUCCUGCUAACGGGGACUUCAAGGGUGGCCUGAAAGUCCUUCCCGCGGUGUUGGAGGCCCUGAGGCCCCUGCCCAUCUCCUCCCCUCGUUGUCCCCUUACCUGUUCUGUGAUCGCACCGGGACCCCAGGUCCCCGAAUUCACAAACUGCUGUCCUCCUACAGUUUUCUGUUCUGGUGCCAGUCUGCCUUGAAAUUAUUGAAAUGGGCAAAUCCUGGCACUCUUGAUAUUUCUUUUCUGGUAGGGGUCAAGGCAUUGGCCCUGACAGGUGGCCCUGAGCACCUGGGUUCUGCUUUGGUGGGGGGUAUUCGUGAUAGGCCCCUUGGCCUGCAAUAAAGCUCUGGUGAUGUA